GCCAAAGAUCUCGGUUCAAUCUAUCUAUGCACACUAUGGUGGUAGAAAUGAAAGUAAAACUUCUAAAACUAGUUUAACUUGUUUCAGUUGCAACGAGAGAGGAGAUAUUGAACAACAUGAAAGUCUUCACUGUUCUCCUUUGUUUAAUUCCAUAUGCAGGUGUGCUAGGAUUCCUACAGGUGCAAUGGCUGCGCUGUCGACUGACAGAUGAGUAUGUAUGGACAAAUGCUGAGGGACACAUUGAAAGUAAUAACAGCUACAGAGAUGCCGUGUUGCAGUUUGACAACUCGGGGAACAGCGCUUUGUUGUCUGACUCAAUCACAUUCCUUGUUGCAGCAUCUAAGGUGGAUAUGAGGAAGUUUGUGGAGGGUCCGGUGGAUCGACUGCAGUGUGACAUCCACAGGUACAGCAAAGGGAUGAGCCGUGUGCGCUGGCCAAGCCUGGGAGGAACAGGGCACGACAUCUGGUUCACCUGCACACUGCGGCACACCGCAGGCCUCUUCAACAUCACCUCCUUCCUCAGAGUCACCCCGGCCACGACCUUGUCGACCCACCAGCAAGACUUCUUCAGCUGGCUCACCAUCGGAGUUAAAGAAAAAAUAAGCGCCUCCGCUGUGAUGGUGCUUAUGACCCGCUCUCCAUCCGUGCGGGUGGGCCUGCAGAAAGAGACGACCCUGCAUUGUCAGUUUGCCGUGGACCACAAGGUUCCUCACCUUACAGUCGAGUGGCAUUUUCAGCGGCGCGGAGGGCGCCGGACCAAGCUGUUCAGCUACUCCAGCCGCUCAGAUCAGACAGAGGGCAGUGGGGUGGCAGUGAAGGGCAUUGCCGGGGGGGAUGCCUCCCUGACUGUGCCCAUCACCAAGGUGAGCAGUGAGGGGACGUACGUGUGUUCCGUCCGCGUACCCCCACUCAACGGGAGUGUGGACAUCGCGCUGCACAUCAUAGAGCCUCCUGAUGUUUCCUUGACCAUAAAGGAGGAGCAGAUCCCCAGGGUAGUAUGUGAGGCUAAUGGCUUUUACCCCCUGGAUGUGGAGAUUGACCUUUUCAAGGAGACUAGCAUUGGUCAACGGCCUGAGAAGCUGGGCAACAUCUUGCGCUCUAGUCACCUCCAACAUCAUGACGAUACUCACUCUGUGGCAGCCUUCGUCCGGCUGCGGCCCUCCCCUCAGGACUCGGGGUGCGCAAUAUAUUCCUGUAGAGUGUCACACGUCUCCCUGCAAGGUCUGUACAUCCACAAGAGCAUUAUCGGCCCAGGCUGUUGGACUUGGAUUCACCUGACCUUGCCUGGACUGGUAUGCCUGAUUUUUGUGAUAAUUUUCAUAGCAGUAACAAGACGGCAUUAUUUUUAACAAGACAGUACAAAGACGAUAAAAGAAAGACGAAACAAGAAAGUCUCCACCUCCUUGUCCCCCUUUUGCUGCUCAGUGGGUGAAAUGUUUCUGGUAAGCUUCCUGAGCGGCAUGACGGCUGAGUGAUCCCAUGGUGUUUAUACUGUUGUACUAUUGUUUGUACAGAUGAAUAUGGUACCUUCAGGCAUUUGGAAAUUGCUCCCAAGGAUGAACCAGACUUGUGGAGGUCUGCAAAAAAAAUUCUGAGGU